GACUUGUUCAGUAACAGAAAAGACACGAACCCGUCAAGAAACUUUUAUAAUACGAGCGCGUCAAUGUUCGCUAUUAUAUACCGUGUCGUGUAUACGUGAUGAAAUUUGAUGUGUUUUGUUGUUUUCUGAUGGAUUUUUCGACACAAUUCUAAUAUCACCCGCGUCACCCCAACAUAUGAUAAAAUCUUUAUGAGUGGUGGAUGAGUUGAAGAAAAUGUUGUCGUAAAGACCGUUGUGCGGGUAGAAAAAGAAAACGUUAAUUUCGAAUCAGUUUUUUUUCCUUCGUUCAAUGGUUACUGUGAAAGUUUCUCUUUAUACAUCGAAGUAUAAUAUUUAAAGAGUUUCUGCAAGAAAUUGUAGAAGAAAACAUUUUUUAGUUGAACGGUUUGCGUGUGUAUGAUAUUUCCAAUAAAUUUAUUUUGGUCACAACUCACGAGUACACGAGUUCUUAAUCAUACGGUGUGUAUAAAUAUACAAUUUUGUGUUAGUUUAGCUGACUUUAUGUAUGAAUUGGUGGACUUUAUGUGGACAAAUAUAGCGGAGAAUUCUUGUUUUGUGAAAGGAAUAUAAACGUUAACAGUAACUGGGCUAGAAGCAGCAAAACACGGGCAUGUCUGACAUCAGGCAUCGUCCGCUUGGACCGGGUGGUGAUGAUGAGGACUUUACAGACAACGAAAGUGCUCCACUAACACAGGAUUUCUAUGGCGGCAGUCAACGAACGGUCCACGAAAUCAAAGGAUGGGACGUGUUUCGCGAUCCUCCACUCAAAGUGGACAGUGGCUCAAUGGCCAAUCAGGCCUGCUUAAAUAUAUCUGUGAAAAUACUCAAAGUAUUUGCCUAUUUAUUUACAUUCAUCAUCGUACUGGCUGGCGGUGUUAUAUCGAAAGGCUGUGUUUUAUUUAUGACGUCUCAACUGAGACGCGAUAGGAAAAUUCAAUAUUGUAAUAAAGAUCUCGGAAGAGACAAAACGUUUGUCGCAAGUUUACCUGAAGAAGAACGAGUGGCGUGGAUGUGGGCACUGCUGAUCGCUUUUGCCAUACCAGAAGUUGGUGCCUGGAUCAGAGCCGCUCGUAUCUGUUUUUUCAAGUCAUGGAAGAAACCAUUCAAGUCCCACUUCCUGUUUAUUUUCAUAAUGGAAUCAUUGCAUACGUUAGGUAUAGCACUGCUUAUGUUUGUCGUUCUGCCGGAACUGGAUGCUGUUAAAGGCGCAAUGUUGACGAAUUGUCUGUGUACGAUACCAGGUAUUCUCGGAUUAUUGUCCAGAACAGCAAAGGAAGGACGACGAGCUGUUAAAGCAAUCGUUGACUUAGCUGCCAUCGCAGCACAAAUUACGGGUUUUGUCGUCUGGCCGCUGCUAGAGAACCGACCGAGUCUAUAUGUUAUUCCCGUAGCCGCUUUAAUGACAUCGUGCGGUUGGUGGGAAAAUUAUGUCUGUACGCAAAGUCCAAUUGGCAUAGUUCGGGCAAUGGGACGAGUCAAGGAAGACUUAAAAGUGACACGUUACUUUGUCUGCAUAUUCAUGACGAUAUGGAAACUUAUGCUGUUCUUCUGCUCACUCCUCAUGAUCCUGAAGGUGCAAGGAGACGAGGUGCAGAAUCUAUUCAAAAAGUUCGAUGCUGGCUUUGGACCACACAAAAUUGUAGUGGAAGAAGUGACGAGCGUACUGAGCCAAAAUUUACCGGAUGUGGUGGACGCUAAUCUGGUGGAUACUGUGGACAUUAAUGCCGAAUACAAUACCGUGGUUUACGUUCUCUUGAUCCAAAUAGUUGCCGCUUACUCGUGCUACAUAUUCGGAAAGUUUGCCUGCAAAAUUCUGAUCCAAGGAUUCAGUUAUGCCUUUCCCGUCAAUCUAACUGUUCCCGUCUCGAUUUCUCUACUCAUUGCUGCUUGUGGUAUUCGUAACGGUGAUCCGUGUUUCUUCCACGGAACGAUUCCGGACUACCUAUUCUUCGAUAGCCCAACAGUGUUUCUGUUAAGUGAUUUUGCGGCUCGAGAAAUGGCUUGGGCGUGGUUGCUAUGGCUACUGUCGCAGACCUGGAUUACGCUCCAUAUUUGGACACCGAAGUGUGAACGAUUGGCAACAACGGAAAAAUUGUUCGUCAGCCCCAUGUACAGUGGACUCUUAAUCGACCAAUCGAUGGCGUUGAAUCGACGAAGAGACGAUCAGGCAGAUGUUAAAACAGAGGAUCUUGCUGAGAUAGAAAAAGAGAAGGGUGACGAAUACUACGAAACCAUUUCGGUGCACACCGAAGCAUCGAAUAUUCCCAAAUCGAAUAUCAAAAAUUCCGAUCACAUUACACGCAUUUAUGCUUGCGCUACCAUGUGGCACGAAACGAAAGACGAGAUGAUAGAGUUCUUGAAAAGUAUCAUUCGACUGGAUGAAGACCAAUGUGCGAGACGUGUAGCACAAAAGUAUCUACGUGUCGUCGACCCCGAUUACUAUGAAUUUGAAACUCACAUUUUCUUCGACGACGCCUUUGAAAUAUCCGAUCACAAUGACGCUGACAUUCAGGUGAAUCGUUUCGUCAAGCUCUUAGUAGCUACGAUAGAUGAUGCUGCUUCAGACGUCCAUCAAACGAAUAUUCGAGUUCGACCACCGAAGAAAUAUCCCACACCGUACGGUGGUCGUUUGGUCUGGACACUGCCCGGCAAAACGAAAAUGAUUGCCCAUUUGAAGGACAAAGACAGAAUCCGUCAUCGUAAACGUUGGUCGCAAGUGAUGUACAUGUACUAUCUGCUCGGUCACAGACUAAUGGAACUGCCAAUAUCGGUUGAUCGUAAAGAUGUGGUUGCUGAGAACACGUAUCUACUCACACUGGACGGAGAUAUCGAUUUCCAACCGAAUGCCGUCACUCUGCUGAUUGAUUUAAUGAAAAAGAAUCGCAAUCUGGGAGCUGCGUGCGGUCGCAUUCAUCCAAUCGGUUCCGGUCCAAUGGUUUGGUAUCAGAAAUUCGAAUACGCAAUUGGUCAUUGGCUGCAAAAGGCUACCGAACAUAUGAUCGGAUGUGUACUUUGUAGUCCGGGAUGCUUCUCGCUGUUCCGUGGUAAGGCACUCAUGGACGACAAUGUAAUGCGAAAGUAUACAACAAGAUCGGACGAAGCUCGGCACUAUGUACAAUACGAUCAGGGCGAGGAUCGUUGGUUGUGUACACUUCUGUUGCAAAGAGGAUAUCGGGUUGAGUAUUCGGCCGCUUCUGACGCUUACACUCACGCACCAGAAGGAUUCACAGAGUUCUAUAACCAACGGAGACGAUGGGUUCCAUCGACUAUUGCAAACAUCAUGGAUUUACUUGGCGACUACAAACGCACGGUCAAAAUUAACGACAACAUUUCGCUGCUGUACAUUUUCUAUCAAACUAUGUUGAUUGGCGGUACGAUCCUCGGUCCAGGCACUAUAUUCCUUAUGUUGGUGGGUGCGUUUGUGGCUGCCUUCAAAAUCGAUAAUUGGACAUCGUUUCACUACAAUAUUGUUCCCAUACUGUUCUUCAUGGUCGUCUGUUUCACAUGCAAAUCCAAUAUUCAAGUAAUCUUUGCGCAGAUACUAUCGACGUUGUAUGCGCUGAUUAUGAUGGCGGUUAUAGUUGGUACGGCUUUACAGUUAGGCGAGGACGGAAUUGGCUCUCCUUCUGCCAUUUUCUUGAUAUCUCUGUCGGGCUCAUUUUUCAUAGCAGCAUGUUUGCAUCCUCAAGAGUUUUGGUGUGUUGUAGCUGGUCUUAUCUAUCUACUGUCCAUUCCAUCCAUGUACUUGCUGCUGAUCUUAUACUCAAUCAUCAACUUGAAUGUCGUAUCUUGGGGAACGAGAGAAGUGGUGGCCAAGAAAACGAAAAAAGAGCUGGAACAAGAAAAGAAGGACGCCGAGGAAGCUAAGAAACGGGCUAAACAACAUUCACUACUCGGAUUUUUGCAAGGUGGCGUUGGCAGCAAUGGCGACGAAGAGGGAUCCAUCGAAUUUUCCUUCGCCGGUUUGUUCCGAUGCAUACUAUGCACCCAUGGAAAGACCAGUGACGAAGCAGCCCAAUUGAGUCACAUUGCCGAAUCGCUGUCAACCAUCCAAAAGAAAAUCGAAACACUCGAACGAGCCAUCGACCCGCACAGCCAUCAUCAUCACCACAGACGUCGCACAACGUCCGGUGGAUCGAAAGAACAUCAUUUGGGUUCGGUGGCAGAGGGAACGGAAGAUGAUUCAGAAAAUUCUGACUCGGAAUCGUCAACAUUGCAACGGGAAGAGCGUGACUUCUUGACCAAUCCGUACUGGAUCGAAGACCAUGAACUGCGAAAAGGAGAAGUUGAUUUUCUGUCGAGUGCUGAAAUUGUGUUCUGGAAGGAUCUGAUCGAUAAAUAUCUGUUUCCGAUCGAUCAAGACAAGGCUGAACAGGCCAGAGUCGCCAAGGAUUUGAUUGAACUGCGCAACAAAUCAGUGUUUGCAUUUUUCAUGUUUAAUUCGUUGUUUGUGUUGAUUGUGUUUCUGUUGCAAUUGAACAAAGACAAAAUUCACAUCGAUUGGCCGUUAGGCAUCAAGACAAACAUAACCUACAUUGAAGAGACCUCUGAGGUUCACAUAUCUAAGGAAUACCUUCAACUUGAACCGAUUGGCUUAGUGUUUGUAUUUUUCUUUGCACUGAUUUUGGUAAUACAAUUCACUGCCAUGUUGUUCCAUCGAUUCGGAACACUGUCCCACAUUUUGGCAUCGACAGAACUAAACUUCUGUUGCAAUAAGAAAGCGGAGGAAUUAUCCCAGGAUGCGCUGAUCGAUAAGCAUGCUGUAGAAAUCGUCAAAAAUCUGCAAAGAUUGGAAGGAAUCGACGGUGUCUAUGAUAAUGACUCUGGCAGUGGACCCGAUCGUAUAGCUCGCCGACGAACGGUGCACAAUUUGGAAAAAGCUAGCAAACCACGGCGACAAAUUGGAACGCUUGAUGUUGCGUUCAAGAAACGUUUCCUCAAACUAACAGCCGAUGAAAAUAAUCCAGGAACGCCCAUUUUGACCCGCAGAAUGACAAUGAGACGUGAAACGAUUCGUGCGUUAGAAGUGCGUAAGAAUUCGGUAAUGGCUGAACGACGUAAAUCUAAUAUGCAAACACUGGGCGCCAACAACGAAUAUGGGCCGUAUUUAAAUUCCUUUUACGAAAACCAAUAUUCCAACAUGAUGCUCAACAAUAAUCUGGGAGUGCCGGUACGGAAUCAUCGCGUUUCGAAUGCUGGUGGCGUUAGCAUCAAAGAUGUGUUUGAUGCGAAUGGUGGUCUAUACGGUCAAGCUGGACAAAUCAAUCAAGGAUAUGAACCGGUUGUCGAGGACGACGAUAGAAAUUCGCUUCGACUGACUCCACGCAAUGGUGUUUCAUGGACGAAUCAAAGUGGACGGAUGUAAUGUGGGAACAGAGAACAUAGAGAUUUUGUUAUAGUUUUUAUACAGUGUUCAAAGAGCGUAAAAGAGAGAAAAAUUAACUGGUUCCGUUGGGUGAUACGUCAAAAUUUUUAUGUAAAAGUCCAGUUAACUAGGAAAAAACCAGUUAAUUUAACUGAGCUCGAUGGGUGAACACUCUUUUUGACAUUCUCUUUGAACACUAUAUAGUUAUGUGUGCUGGAAUGACGUUAACCUUUUUAGAAACGGCUAGUGGUCUGACAUCUAGCAUGAUUUUCUCUUUUAAUUUAGGAUGAUUAAACUACUGAAGUAAAAGAUUUUGUUUCGUACACUGGCGAUACAAAAUGAGUUAACGGUUGUACGCUUGCCGUUUGUGAAAGGUUAAGAAUUUGAAUUAUAAUAUGAUUAUUAUACUCAACACUGCCUAAGUUAUCAAUUUUUUUUUUCAUUUUUUAUCUUAUUUUUCUCUUGAUUUAGGUAUUAAGUUUAGGAAAUCUGGUCAUUCCGAAUAAAUUAAGUAAAAUUUCCGAAACGACUAUUUUUUGACUCUGGUAGAGAAGAACUAAUUUCAUUAGA